AUGGCAACUAAUAUAUCAUAUGACGGUCCUAACUCAGGGCUCCAAGUCGGACAGAACUAUGGUCAUAUAAAUGCACAGUUCUCACAAUCGGAAUCGUCAUUAAACCAAGCGUGUCUACGGGAUCUUCGAACGACUAGUCCUGAAGAUGACAAAGACCGUAUUGAACAAACCAACGGAGGGUUGCUCAAAGACUCAUAUCGCUGGAUCUUAGACAACGAGCAGUUUAAACAAUGGCAAGACAGCCAGAGCAACCGUCUCAUCUGGAUCAGGGGUGAUCCUGGAAAGGGUAAGACAAUGCUUCUGUGCGGUAUCAUCGACGAAUUGACCCUAUCGUUUGGGUAUAAUGCGAACAUCUCCUUUUUUUUCUGCCAAGUUACCGACGUGCGAAUCAAUAAUGCCACUGCUGUUCUUCGUGGCUUGGUAUAUUCACUAGUCGAGAAGCAGCCAUCUCUUCUCUCUCAUGUACGAAGCCGGUACGACCAAGCGGGGAAGGCACUAUUUGAGGAUAUAAAUGCAUGGAAUGCCCUCUCGAAGAUCUUCACUGAUAUUUUGAAAGAUCCGACCAUACGGGACACAUAUCUGGUGAUUGAUGCGCUAGACGAAUGCACAACAGAUCUCCCUUUCCUUCUGGAAUUGGUUGUCCAGGAAUCAUCUGCCCACUCGCACGUGAAGUGGAUUGUUUCGAGCCGCAAUUGGCCUAGUAUCGAAGAGCGUCUGGAUACUGCAACUCAGACUGCGCCUAUCUCACUAGAGCUAAAUAACGCAUCUGUAUCUGACGCUGUCCGAACGUUCAUUCGGCAUAAGGUUCGCCAAUUGGGAGAAGUCAAAAGGUAUAACGAUAAAAUCCGUGAUACUGUUUAUCGCCACUUGUCGUCAAACUCGCAAGGCACUUUCCUCUGGGUGGCCCUGGUUUGUCAAGAUCUUAACAGAACAUCGCGGAGACAUGUCCUUAAGAAGCUUAAGGAGUUCCCUCCCGGACUGGAUGCUUUGUAUAGUCGAAUGAUUGAUCAGGUUCGAAAGUCUGAAGAUGCUGAGCUCUUUGAAAUACCUAAUAAUCUCUCUGAUGACUAUGAAGCGCUACUGGAGAUUAUCUCUAUUUGUGGCUCUUUCCUGAAUUUACGUGAGAACAUUAUUGUUUUCGUCCAUCAGUCUGCAAAGGAAUUUCUACUCGAAAAGGCGCAAAUCGAGGUGUUUCAAGGAGACAAAGAAGCCGAACAUCUUGCAAUUUUCUCGCGAUCUCUACAAACUAUGUCCAGAACACUUCGACGUAAUAUCUUCGAUAUUAAGCUUGUUGGAACUCCAGUCGAGGAAUUUACACAACCAAGUCCGAAUCCUUUGGCACCCGCCAAGUACGCGUGUGUGUAUUGGGUUGACCACCUUCGGGAAGGUUGGUGUGGUGAAGUCAAGGAUCACAGCCUUGAUGAUGGAGGAUGCCUGGAUUGUUUUCUACGGCAAAAAUAUCUUCACUGGCUCGAAGUUCUCGGCAUUUUAGGAAGCGUAUCAGAGGGCAUAAUGGCUAUGCUGAAGCUAGAGGACUUUCUUCAGACAAAGGGAACGUCACAGGUUCUUCUAGACCGAGUUCAAGAUGCGUCCCGGUUCAUUCGAUACUACAGACAGGCAAUCGAAAGCAGCCUCCUUCAAGUAUACAGUUCAGGCCUUGUCUUUAGCCCAACCCAAAGUAUCACGAAAAUAUGUUAUCAGAAAGAGAAACCAGAUUGGAUUUUAAAUAGCCCAAAAGUAGAUGAGAGCUGGAGUUUAUGUCUUCAAACCCUUGAGGGGCAUUAUGGAUGGGUCAACUUGAUUGCCUGGUCGCCAGAUGGAAGCCGACUCGCAUCAGCGUCAAAUGAUAAGACUGUCAGGAUCUGGGAUCCGGCCACCGGCCAGUGUGCGUCCACCCUCGAGGGGCAUACUGGCCCUGUUAGCUCGAUUGCCUGGUCGCCAAAUGGAAGCCGACUCGCAUCAGCGUCAGGAGAUAGUACUGUCAGGAUCUGGAGUCCUGUCACUAGCCAGAGUAUAUCUACCCUCGAGGGGCAUACUGACCUUAUCCACUCGAUUGCCUGGUCACCAGAUGGAAGUCGACUUGCAUCAGCAUCCCAUGAUAAUACUGUCAGGACCUGGGAGCUUAUUACAGGUAAUUAUGUGUUAACCUUAGAGGGACAUAAUAAAUGGGUAAGCUCGAUCGCCUGGUCACCAGAUGGAAGCCGACUCGCAUCAGCGUCAGGAGAUAAAACCGUCAGGAUCUGGGAUCCAGCCACCGGCCAGUGUGUAUUUACCCUCGAGGGGCAUACUGACUUUGUUAACUCGAUUGCCUGGUCGCCAAAUAGAAGCCAACUCGCAUCAGCGUCAUGGGAUAAUACUAUCAGGGUCUGGGAUCCGGUCACUGGCCAGAGCAUAUUUAUCCUCGAGGGACAUACUGGCUCUGCCCACUCGAUUGCCUGGUCACCAGAUGGAAGCCAACUCGCAUCAGCGUCAUGGGAUAAUACUAUCAGGGUCUGGGAUCCGGUCACUGGCCAGAGCAUAUCUACCCUCGAGGGGCAUACUGGCUCUGUCCACUCGAUUGCCUGGUCACCAGAUAGAAGCCGACUCGCAUCAGCGUCCCUUGAUAAGACCGUCAUGAUCUGGGAUCCAGCUUCCCGCCAGUGUGCGUCAACCCUUGAGGGGCAUGCUGGCCUUGUUAACUCGAUUGCCUGGUCGCCAGAUGGAAGCCGACUCGCAUCAGCGUCCUUUGAUAAGACCGUCAGGAUCUGGGAUCUGGCCAACAGCCAGUGUACGUCUACCCUCGAGGAGCAUACUGGCUCUGUCAACUUGAUUACCUGGUCGCCAGAUGGAAGCCGACUCGCAUCAGCGUCCCUUAAUAAAACUGUCAGGAUCUGGGAUCCGGCCACCAGCCAGUGUUCGUCCACCCUCGAGGGACAUACUGGCCCUGUUAACUCGAUUGCCUGGUCGCCAGAUGGAAGCCGACUCGCAUCAGCGUCAAGUGAUAAAACUGUCAGGAUCUGGAGUCCUGUCACUAGCCAGGGUGUAUCUACCCUCAAGGGGCAUACUGAUAUUAUCCACUCGAUUGCCUGGUCACCAGAUGGAAGUCGACUCGCAUCAGCGUCAGGAGAUAAAACUGUCAGGAUCUGGAGUCCUGUCACUAGCCAGGGUGUAUCUACCCUCAAGGGGCAUACUGAUAUUAUCCACUCGAUUGCCUGGUCACCAGAUGGAAGUCGACUCGCAUCAGCGUCGGGAGAUAAAACUGUCAGGAUCUGGGAUCCAGCCACCGGCCAGUGCGUAUUUACCCUCGAGGGGCAUACUGGCCCUGCCCACUCGGUUGCCUGGUUGCCCGAUGGAAGCCAACUCGCAUCAUCGUCAUGGGAUAAAACUAUCAGGAUAUGGAGUCCGGUCACUGGCCAGAGCGUGUCUAUCCUUGAAGGGCAUACUAGCCUUGUCAACCUAAUUGCCUGGUCACUAGAUGGAAGCCGACUCGCAUCAGCGUCCCUUGAUAAGACCGUCAAGAUCUGGGAUCCAGCCUCCGGCCAGUGCGCGUCAACCCUCAAUAUCUACUCUCCUCGCCUCCUCCAAUUUGAUAAAACCACGCCCAACCAUCUUCAUACAAACAUUGCGCCUACCGUUUGA